AUGAAGUCCUUCCUAUCCAUAACAACGCUCUGUGUAGUGUUGUGUUUGACUUGCGCACAUCCAACGCCGGAAGAAUACGGAACGGAUACGCGGGUCGUCGGAGGUACCGAUGCCGAGCCCGGUUCAGUACCGUUCCAGGUGUCCCUACAGGGCACGUUUGGUCAUUCCUGCGGUGGAGCCAUCAUCGGGCACGAGUGGGUAGCCACUGCCGCCCAUUGCGUGCAGGGAAGCAAGCCAAAAUCCAUCAAAGUGCUCGUCGGAACGAAUCUGCUGAACUCUGGUGGCCAGCGCUACGAAGUGCGAGAGUUUUUCAUCCACAGCCGGUACAACCAACCUACGUUCCACAACGACAUAGCACUGGUGAAGCUAAAGUCCGAGCUACAGUUUAACGAUCUCGUCCAACCGGUGGAGUACUCGGAGCAUGAGCUGCCGGCGAAUGCGACACUCACGCUGACCGGUUGGGGGCGGCUAUCCACAAGUGGACCCAUCCCCAACAAGCUGCAAACGAUCGAUCUGAAUUACGUACCGUACGAGCAGUGCAAACGUCUGCACGGGAACACCGGAGAGGUGGACAUCGGGCACGUCUGCACGCUGACGAAGAAGGGCGAGGGUGCGUGUAAUGGUGACUCCGGAGGUCCGCUCGUGUACGAGGGCAAGCUGGUUGGGCUGGUAAACUUCGGUGUGCCGUGCGCCAAAGGAUAUCCGGAUGCUUACGCGCGAGUGUCAUAUUAUCACGAGUGGAUUAGGACCACGAUUGCUAACAAUUCGUAA